UAGGCAGUUUAAAGCCGGCUGAGUUAAGAAAAUAAAAUUGCAUUCAAUUAAACAUAUUCGUUCAAACUAAAAACAAAAUCCUGUUUUAAGAGGGGCUAUUCUUAAAUAUUCACUCAGAAAUCAAUUUUAAAAAGCGCUCUAAAUCACUAUUCCUAUGUGCGUGCAGUAAAACUUCUCACAAAAAAAAGCCUCACUAAAAUAGACGCUUCUUAGACUGGAAGAAAAUCUUAUUUAAUUCAUGCAGUGCGACAAGACAUUUGCAAAUAAACUUAAUUUAGAAGAGCACAUAUUUGUUCAUGCUGAAUUGGAACUUUAUUCAUGCAGUCAAAAGCAUUUACCCAUAAAGAAACUUUAAAUUUACCCUCUCUCGCUCAUACUAGAGAAAAACCAUUUUCAUGUAAUGUGUGUUUUAAAGCUUUCACGUGUAAAGCUAGUUUAAAUAAACAUUCUUUUAUUCACACUGGUGAAAAACCUUUUUCAUGCAAAUUUUGUAAUAAGACAUUCUCCGAUUCAUAUUAUUUAAAUAGACAUUCUCUUGUUCAUACUGGAGAGAAACCUUAUUCAUGCAAUGUGUGUAAUAAAGCUUUUACGUGUAAAGCUAGUUUAAAUAGACAUUCUUUCAUUCAUACUGGAGAGAAGCCUUUUUCGUGCAGUGUAUGUAAUAAGACAUUCCCAGAUUCAUUCUAUCUAAACAGACACUCUCUUGUUCAUACUGGAGAGAAACCAUAUUCAUGCAAUGUUUGUGAUAAAGCUUUCACGUGUAAAGCUAAUUUAAAUAGACAUUCUUUUAUUCAUACUGGAGAAAUGCCUUAUUCAUGCAGCAUAUGUAACAAAACAUUCCCAGAUUCAUUUUUUUUAAAUAGACACGCUCUUGUUCAUACUGGAGAGAGGCCUUAUUCGUGCAGCGUGUGUGAUAAAGCAUUUGCUCUGAAAUCUAGUUUAAGUAGACACUCCCUUAUUCAUACUGGAGAGAAACCAUAUUCAUGCAAUGUUUGUGAUAAAGCUUUCACGUGUAAAGCUAGUUUAAAUAGACAUUCUUUUACUCAUACUGGAGAAAUGCCUUAUUCAUGCAGCAUAUGUAACAAAACAUUCCCAGAUUCAUUUUAUUUAAAUAGACACGCUGUUGUUCAUACUGGAGAGAAGCCUUAUUCGUGCAGCGUGUGUGAUAAAGCAUUUGCUCUGAAAUCUAGUUUAAAUAGACACUCCCUUAUUCAUACUGGAGAGAAACCAUAUUCAUGCGAUGUUUGUGAUAAAAUUUUCUCAUGUACAGCUAGUUUAAGUAGACAUUCUCUUAUUCAUACAAAAGUGAAACCUUAUUUAUGUGUUGUGUGUAAUAAGACAUUUGCAUAUUCAUCUAGUUUAAAUAGACAUUCUCUUCUUCAUACUGGAGAAAAUGAUGGAUAGAAACCUUAAUCAUUUUAUAAGCAAAGACCGUCUAAACAAUCUCUGCUGUAUUCAUACUGAAAAAAAAGCCUUAUUUUUGUGUUUUGUCUGAUAAAACCUUUGAACAUAAAUCUAAUUUAAAAUGCACACUUUCUUGUUCAUACUGGAGAGAGAUCUCAUUCUUACAAUGUAUUCAUGUAUAAAUGCAGUUUUUAAAACAUUCAUG